AUGGCUUAUCAACUGAGUGCUUCCUACUAUGUCAGAUACAACGAGUCCAAGCCACCGUUGCCUUACACCCCUGGUCAAGAGUUUUGCGUCCACCUGCAUACUCCUCCUGCCCCCGCAACAGGUGAGGUUGUUGAAUCUGUCAGAAUGAGAGAUCAACACAGUGCACAGCUUGUUAUCAUCUGUGUCAUUGAUGAGACUUCAGAUAUAUCAGGCUCAAUACCAGCUGAUCAGAAUCUAGUCAUCAAGCUCUACAAUCCCCUCUGCUUUGACCAUGAUCAAGAUGAUGUUAAUCCAUUUCACUACACAGAUCUGGCAUACUCUCUUGAAACUGCAGUCUAUCAACUGCUUUAUUCACUUGAAGAAACUAUCAUUUCAAGAUAUUGUGAAGUCUUUUAUACUUGA